AUGGGGCCGAGCCGGCGAUCUCUCCUCCUCUCUCCCCCUCUCUCCCUCCUCCUGCGUUCUCUCGUUCUUCUCUCCCUCUCCUCUCGGGGGCAGGCAGUGCAAGCGGAGAAUGUUACAGUGUUUGAGGGCGGGAAGGCGCAGAUCUCCUGUCGCCUACAGAACUACGACGGCUCUAUCGUGGUCAUCCAGAACCCACGCAGACAAACGCUCUUCUUCAAUGGCACUCGAGCGCUAAAAGACGACCGUUUCCAGAUGGUUCUCUUCACUCAGCGACUGGUGCAGAUCACCCUAACCAACGUCAGCGUGUCGGACGAGGGCGGCUACUUCUGUCAGCUCUACACGGACGACACGCACCACCAGGUGGCCACGCUGACCGUCAUCGUGCCCCCGGAGGUGCCCGCCAUCGAGGCUAAGACCCAGGCCGUGGAGGGAGGGGAGGUGGAGCUCACCUGCCUGUCUCCGCGCAGCAAGCCGCCAGCCACACUCCGCUGGAUAAGAGACCGUAGGGAAAUACCGGGUGUGGUGUCCCAGCAGGAUAAUGGAAAAACGGUGAGCGUGUCCAACACCAUCCGAAUCCCGGUGGAACGUCGGGACAACGGAGCGGCCAUCAGCUGCGAGGCGUCCCACCCCGCCCUGGAAGGCCAGAAGAAGGUCCGCCAUUACCGCCUGGACGUGCACUUUGCCCCCACGGUGAAAAUCAACCCCCCUCAAGGCAUCCUCAGAGAGGGAGACUCCUUAACCCUGACCUGCUCCGUUUCUGGAAACCCACUGCCACGGAACAUUCAGUGGUCCCGAGUGAACGACACUCUACCUGAGAGGGCGGAGACUUCUGGAAACACCCUGCUGAUGUCCCGUCUCAGCCAAUCACAUAACGGCACCUACCUGUGCCAGGCACACAAUAAUUACGGCCGCGCUGCUGAUCACUACACACUCUUGGUGUACGAUCCAGGAGCAGUGGUGGAGACCCACAGUGCGGUACCGUAUGCGGUCGUUGGGGGUGUACUGGCGCUUCUGGUCUUUACCAUCAUCUGUGUGCUUAUUGUCACCAUCUGGUGCUCUGUCCGACAGAAAGGUUCGUACCUGACCCAUGAGGCCAGCGGGUUGGAUGAGCAUGGAGAUGUGCAGGAAGCCUUCCUCAAUGGGAAUGACACCAGCCAGGGAAAGAAGGAAUAUUUACUGUAG